AGAGCGCAGUCACGGGUCCUACCUGUACCACCGUCGUUCAGCGUGUGUCCCUCGGUCAGUCGACCUGUCUUGUAGUCUUAACCACCUUGGCUGUUAUCAUGUCCCGUUGCCUCGCGCUGGCUCGGUUCGCCCUCGGUUCCUCUCAGAGGGUUAACUCGCGGCUAAUGUCAUGUGCACGAGGGCUGAGCAGCCGAACUGUCUCGCGCCCCUUCGCUGGAGACUUGCAGGUUGGACAGCAGCAGAGGUGGAGCAGUCGGCCCGGAGUGUGGAGCUCCCAGCGCGUCUGCCUCUGCUUCAGCCAGCAGUCUUACUACAGCACCCAGGAGGCUGAGAAAGAGCCGGAAAAGGAGCCUGAGGUGGAGCCUCUGCACACCAUCAUCAGUGAUACAGAGUCUGUACAAGGUAGCUUCUCCAAACAUGAAUUCCAGGCUGAGACUAAAAAACUGCUGGACAUCGUUGCCAGGUCCUUGUACUCAGAGAAAGAGGUGUUCAUCAGGGAGCUCAUCUCCAACAGCAGUGACGCUCUGGAAAAACUGCGCCACAAACUGAUUACGUCAGGUGGUGAAACGGCUCAGAUGGAGAUUCACCUGCGGACCGAUAGUGCCAAGGGAACCUUCACCAUUCAGGACACAGGAACGGGGAUGAACCAGGAGGAGCUGGUUGCCAACUUGGGGACCAUCGCCCGCUCUGGUUCCAAGGCAUUUUUGGAUGCCCUGCAGAACCAGGCGGAGGCCAGCAGCACCAUCAUCGGUCAGUUCGGUGUGGGAUUCUACUCUGCCUUCAUGGUGGCCGACCGCGUUGACGUCUACUCCCAGUCGGCUGAGCCCGGUGCACCCGGAUACAAGUGGUCCUCAGACGGCUCUGGAGUUUUUGAGCUCGCCGAAGCCACCGGUGUUCAACGGGGAACAAAGAUCGUGCUGCACCUCAAAGACGACUGCAAGGAGUUUUCCUCUGAGGACCGAGUUAAAGAGGUUGUCACAAAAUACAGCAACUUUGUCAGCUUCCCCAUCUUCCUGAAUGGACGAAGACUCAACACUCUGCAGGCCUUGUGGAUGAUGGAUCCUAAGGAGAUUAGUGACUGGCAGCAUGAGGAGUUCUACCGUUACGUCGCUCAGUCGUACGACAAGCCCCGCUACACACUGCACUACCGCGCCGACGCCCCGCUCAACAUCCGAAGCAUCUUUUAUGUCCCUGACGCGAAGCCGAGCAUGUUUGACGUGAGCAGGGAGAUGGGUUCCAGUGUGGCUCUCUACAGCAGGAAGGUCCUGAUCCAGACCAAAGCCACUGACAUUCUGCCCAAGUGGCUGCGCUUCCUCCGAGGCGUUGUGGACAGUGAAGACAUCCCGCUGAAUCUGAGCAGAGAGCUGCUGCAGGAGAGCGCCCUCAUCAGGAAGCUCCGUGACGUUUUGCAGCAGAGGGUGAUCCGCUUCCUGCUGGACCAGAGCAAGAAGGAGCCAGAGAAGUACAGCAAGUUCUUUGAGGACUACGGCCUCUUCAUGAGGGAGGGCAUCGUCACCACCCAGGAGCAAGACGUCAAGGAGGACAUUGCCAAGCUGCUAAGGUUCGAGUCUUCCGCUCUGCCAGCCGGCCAGCAGACCAACCUGAUGGAGUACUCCUCCCGCAUGAAGGCCGGCACACGCAACAUCUACUACCUGUGCGCCCCCAACCGCCAUCUUGCAGAGCACUCGCCCUACUACGAGGCCAUGAAACAGAAAGACAUGGAGGUGCUGUUCUGCUAUGAGCAGUUCGACGAGCUGACCCUGCUCCAUCUCCGGGAGUUUGACAAGAAGAAAAUGAUCUCUGUCGAGACCGACAUCGUGGUGGAUCACUACAAGGAGGAGAAGUUUGAGGACAGCAAGCCCGCCUCUGAGCGUCUGACGCAGGAGCAGGCCGACGACCUGAUGUCCUGGAUGAAGAAUGCUUUGGGCCCCCGAGUUACCAACAUAAAGCUGACUCCUCGGCUGGACACCCACCCAGCUAUGAUCACAGUGCUGGAGAUGGGUGCUGCACGCCACUUCCUCCGCACCCAGCAGCUUGCUCGCACCGCUGAGGAGAGAGCUCAGAUACUGCAGCCCACUCUGGAGAUCAAUGCAGGACACGAUCUGAUCAAGAAGAUGCACGCGCUAAAAGAAACAAACCCUGACCUGGCUGGACUGCUACUGGAACAGAUCUACGACAACGCCAUGAUCACAGCAGGCCUGAAUGAUGAUCCCCGACCGAUGAUUUCCCGCCUGAACGAUCUGCUGACUAAAGCUCUGGAGAAGCACUGAGAGCCACUCACGGACAUGAACAGUGCAGGCUGACCUGGUUGUGUUGACAGACAGGUCAGGUCUGUAGACUGAAGCACUGGCAGCAGCUGAAGGACCUCCAAAGCUGGAGAAGUGUAGUUUCUGAAGAGAACGACAGGCCUUUUGUUCAUUCGUUAAAAUCACAACCUUUUGGAGUACUUCAUCCCCUAAAGGCUUGAAAAGCUCAGAUGGAGUGAAGAUGAACUGCUUUAUGCUGUGUUCAGCUGUGUUUCAAAAGGUAUUAAUAUUGGUAAUGAUAAUUAGAGGAUAUGUGCUGUAAAGUAGGUGGUCACAGUUACACCUGUCAUUUCACUCCGAUCACGCCUUGGCAUGUAAAAAUGGGAUGUUUCUGAAAUUGCCAUUUCGUUUUCAAGACAAGGUACUUCAAAAAUAAAUUGCCACUCGUUGCCGUCCUGAAUAAUCUGGAUGCAAACCGGCCACAAACAAUGUAGAGAUGCAAAGCAGAACAAGUUUUGUCUUACCAGAACUGUCACUGUCAACAGUCAUUUCAAAAUAUUACGCAACAACAACUAAAAAUAGAUGAAGUUUCAUUCUAAAGUGUGCAUUAGAGCCUGGAAGUGGUCAGAGUGAUCAUGUUUCAAUUAGAAAUACAAAACGUCCUCCCUGCUAAAUAGAGCCAUUUGCCCCUUUCUUUUCUCUUUUCUUUCUAAGCCCUUUAAAUGUUUCCAUCUUUUCUUUCCACAUUUAUUUAAUAUUUUAUGUUCACUUUUGUGGUUUAUAAGAAACAGGAUACCUAAAGUGUUGGAAUAUUUUUUGAACUGGGUCAAAUGAAAAGAACAAUGUAUUUGGCAGAUGUUGCAAAUGUCACCUGACUUGUAAACAAGUUUCAUUUGGUAUUAAAGUACUGGUGAAGUUAAUGUAAAAUGGAUUUAAAAUACUGUAUACACAUUUGUGGUCUCCUCUGGGCAUUACCAAUAAAUUGAGUAAACAAUC